AUGUCGCGCGAGCAAUACGACGACGAGCACGGCGCGGAGCGCUUCGACGAGUGCGACGAGCUGGCGGAGCAGUUCGGCACGCCGCCCACGCGCAGGCGGCACGCGGUGCCGCACAGGCAGGAUGCGAGGAUCAGGGGGCGCUCGACGGGUGUCCCGCCCGCCGAGAGGAAGGCGCCCAAGGCCAAGGACGCCCAGAAGCAGACCCGGCCCCGCAGCAAUGCCGCGAGGCGGAGGCACGCCGCUGCCAGAAUCUACAAGAGGCUGGACACGACCUUCCAGGUGCUGGGCAUCGACUCGCUGUCGGCGCGGUCGAGCCAGAUCACCGCCAGCCCGGAGACACCCAAGGUGAUGUGCACCAGCAGCAGGGACGCGGACAGCGGCUCGGAGUCGGAGACAUCUUCGACCGUCAGCUCCUCGACCACCGCGAGCGGCAGCGGCAGGACGAGCCGAUCGAGCAUGAGGCGAUCCUGGUCGAGGGAAAGCAAUGCUUCGCCCUCCCUCUUAACUAGUGAGCUGGAACGAUCUUCCAACGGCUCCAACAGGCUGUGGCAGCGGAUAGAUGCUGAGCGGAAUCGGAUGCAGUUCAUGCAUUGUCUAGACUUGACUGUCAUCAGUGAAGGGACCUCCCUGCCCAUCCCUGGUGUCGUUCAAGACUCAGUUGAGGAGGCUGAUGACACACUGGGGGAGCUCGAAUCCGUGAAGCCCAUGGAGCUAUAUACACGGGCAGAACUGCUGCAGGCAAUGGAGAAGAUCGACAGGUGCCAACGUGUGGCACAGAAGGUUGAGAGGGAGUUGGCGGACAACAUGCCGGCGGUUGGGAGCGGUGGCAGCCACAGCAGCAUGCUGCAGGAGUCUGACCACGUUGCCUUCGUGCUCGGUGGCAAGCUGCAGGACAUGUUCGAUGAGCUCACAAAGAAGUUGACGCUUAUUGCGAAGUCCAUGGACCGCUGCAUGGCGGGUCUCAGCAACAAACCCCGGAGGGAGGAGGUUUCCCAGGGACUGUUGUGCUCAGGGAAGUUGGGGUCUUUGUGCAAAGAGCUCAUCACAGCAAAAAGCAACAAGCUGUGUACAGAGGGCUAUGGGCCCUUCAAGCUCAUCCCCAACGUGAAUGAGGAGAUUCGUCUGGGUGACGCGAUGCUGUCGUUGCUGGAUAGAGCUGCCAAGAUCAGUUGCAAUUAUCAGCUGUCAGUUCUGCGCGAAAAUCAUUUGAAACUGAGUUCCAUAAGAUCGGCGCAUGAAGUCGCUGAGAUGGCCAACGCCCUGAAGAACGUGUGGGAUCGCCUCCGCAAUGUGACCGUGUGUUUUUGCAAGUGCUUCGAACGCAGAGCACAUCUAAAGCCCAAGUGCUUCAUGGCCAGGCAGUGUUAUGCGAGAGUGCUGGUGUCUGGCGCAAGGGCAGCAGUUGACAUGCAAGAAUUCUGCCAAGCUCGUCAGGUGCCUGUGCAGCAGGACGCGAACAAUUGUUGGCGACAGAGCCCUGCGGACCCCGACACAGGAUUUGGAAGCGAGAACGACGUGCAGGCACAGGGCUGGGUCCUGCCAUGCAUCACGGAGCUCAUUAAGCUUGCAAAGGAGCACAGCCUGUAUCUGCUCACACAGUGCGCGUUAAAAGAAGGUGCCACUGCUGAGGCAGCCGAAGACCUUUGCGACGUGAGGCACGCCUUCUUCAGGCUCAUCCUUGUCAAUGUGCGCCGAAUGUGCUGGCUCUCCAGCCACCCCCAAACGCUGCCUCGCUGGGGCCUGGAGCUGCUGGAGAAGCAAAUCUCCAGCCUGCUGAAGACAGUCAGGUCGUACGACAAGCCUUCCAGCACGCUGUCCUUCGACAUUGAGUACACACAGACAGCAGAGGGGGACCAAAAGUACAGCGAACUCAUGGACAGCUGCCAGCAGCUCCUCAACAACAUGCUCGUGGUGCAGACGAAGAUCCAGCUGAAGAGGGCCCUGUACGACGACGAGGUGCCCUGCUUGGCCAGGCAUCCCUGCUCGCGGCUGCCCUCCAGACGACCCAUGGGGACUUCGGAUGGAGACCCCUGGAGCACUGGCAGCCCGGCGUCUGGAGCCGAGACGACCUGCACCGGCGAGUGCGGCUCGUCCCACGAGUACAACAACAGAGCUACAGGCUCUGACGUGGGGAGCAGCGCACCAACCCCCGAGGCAGGCCAGGAGCCACCCGAGCCUGCCACGCCGAGUCCGACGGAGCCCACUCCAGCACACAAGGCUGGCAAGUACAUAAGCCCCUACGAGCGUCUGGCGGUGCAGCAGGGUAUGAUGCAGGGCGGGCCCAUGCCGCCUGUGAAAGCGCCCCCCUGGCCCUCUUCGGAUGUGACUGAAUCCGAAACGGAUCAAGAGUCUGAGCUUCAGCAGGCCCCUGUACCAAAGGAGCCCGUCUUGCGCGAGUUGCCUGAGGUCGUCCGGCCCAACAAGCAGGGACUGCACCGCAAGAAAACAAACACACCAAGGCCGAUCCAGCACAUGAUGCCGGGCAAGGAGGUUUGCCCGCCGGUGUCUGCCCCUGCUCGCGGACCUGGCAGCCUGACGUACAAGCAGAUGGUGGAGAAGAACGACGCCAGGGCGGGCUGGCAUCAGGGGGGUGGGCACUGCCGGCCGAUCGUCAGCAAAGACUUCCCAGAGCUGAGGCACCACCACAGGAGGCCGCCCGACCAGAGCCCUAGCGGGCACCGCCACAGCAGCGGUCAUACCGGAGAAAGGUGUGGGCGCCCCUCAGGGGGGGGCCACAGGCAGCGGGGAUUGAUUGUUGGUCGCCACGGUGGCCAUGGCAGGGGCAGGGCGGGCAUGGAUCGGCUACCAGCCACCAGCUGCUCGAUGAGUAGGCCGAACAGGGGAUCAGAGCAGAACGGCCAGGUGGGAAGGGUGCUGGAUGCGGCCCCUGUCACAAAGACGUUCGAUCGCGUCUCCCGUGAUCAGCUGAUCUUGAGGAAGGAGCUGGGGGCCGGCAGCUCGGGCCAGGUGUGGGAGGCCGACUACUUCGGCAGCUCGGUGGCCAUCAAGGUCCGGCACGACGCCUGGAACUCCGACGUGCGCACAGAGGCGCACAACGAGGCCCAGGUCCACAAGCAGCUGUCCAACCACCCCAACAUCGUCCAGUACUACGGGAUGGUGCCGGACUUCGUGGAGAACAGCGGCGCCGUGGGCCCGGGCCUGGUCAUGGAGCUGGCCUCCCUGGGCAACCUGAUGAAGCUGAUCAGCAACGCCAGGAACGUGCAGCUCAUCGGCCUGGAGAACCUCAAGGCGGACCACUGCCGCAGCGCGGGCGUGCUGCUGUACAAGGACUGGCGCCGGCGGCUGCGCCUGGCGCAGGGCGUCGCCUCCGGCCUGGAGUACCUGCACGCCCACAGGAUCAUCCACCGCGACCUAACCUCUUACAACAUCGUCGUCUCCAUCGACUGGGUGGCCAAGGUGUGCGAUUUUGAGAAGUCACGGAACGUGCCAAUGGGCCAGCAGGUGGCCUGCAGCCAGGCCUUCCCCAACUCCCCCCGCUGGAUGGCCCCCGAGAUCCUACGCUGCGAGAAGUACGACACCUCGGCCGAUGUGUUCUCCCUGGGGGUGGUGCUGUGGGAGCUGAUGACGCUGGAGCGGCCCUGGGAGGAGCAGCUGUCGUCGGUGUGCCGGCACGUGGACUAUGAGGUGCUGCGGCUGGUGAGCAACAACGAGCGGCUGGCCAUCCCGCCCAAGGGCAACCCAGACCUGCCGGAGUGGGGGGAGCUGGCCGACCUCGUGCGCGACACGUGGAAGGAGGAGACCGCGGAGCGGCCCACCAUGACCCAGGUGCGGGAGCGCCUGCACGAAAUCCUGGUCAAGAUCAACGCAAGGAUGGCCCAGGCCUGA